AUGCCCGAGGGGCUGGACGGACAGGUAGGUUUCAUCUUUUUCAACACUGAUUUAGGAGCCAAGGCCGUGCUGAGCAAUCGUAGCUACGAAGGCACAGUGGAAUUCCAAGUAGCAGGGCGACAGGAAGCCAACCCGCGGGACCAGACACGCUGCCGGUCAGGGUGCCUGGUCUGUUCAGAGUCUAGCAAACGUCUCUUGGCUAGAGGUGAAGACGAGAAGCUCUUGGAGUUGGACGGACACGCAGGUGACAAAUGGCAGCGAGUUCAAGGCCGAUUCCUGGCCAUCAACCUCACUUCCAUGAGCAGCGCCUGCCCCAAGAGCCCAGAAGGUCUGUCUCCCUGCGCUCACCUGGCCGACGGAACGGCUGACCUCAUACUUGUGCGUGAAUGCUCUGCGCUCUCUUUCUUGCGACACUUGAAAAGGCACACCAACUGCUCAGACCAGUUUGACUUGCCCUUUGUGAGCGUGUAUCGGGUCCGAGCCGUUCGUUUCACCAGCUCGAAAGUGGAAGACUCCGAGGAGGGAGAGUGGCCUGUGAGGGGGCAGAAGGGGCUCUGUGGAGGAACGUGCUGGGGGGAACCCCUGCUCAGCUGCUGGACCUGCGACGGAGAGACCUUGGAGCAUGCGGAUGUCAGCAUCAGAGUCCACGGGCAGCUCAUCCACCUCUUUGCCCGAGGCAUCGAGCAGGCGCGCCACACGCCCUAGGAACCUCCGCAAGGAACCAACCGCUGAAGGAUGGCACCAAAGUGUCAGCGCUGCCUCGGGAUCUGUGAGGCUGUGGACGUGGAAUAGUUCCCAGCCACCCCCGCCUAGCGUGGCCCUUCCUGGGGGCGAGGCGUGACAUCCCAGCUCCAAAGCAGGCUGUAGGAGAGGCCCAGCCACACUCCACACACCCCAAGAUACCCACUGUGCAGGUCACAGAUCUGAGUGUUGCCUACGUGGCCCGGCUACAGUUAUGCCACCUUGUGCCUGUGUCGCCACGCCAAAGGUGUAGAAUCAUAGAGUUGGAAGGGACCUUUUAGGCUAUCUAGUCCAACCCACUGAUGAACGUGGAAUCAAGCUAGAGCAUCCCAGUCAUAUGUUUGUCAAGCCACUGCUUGAAGGCUGCCAGUGUUGGGGAGUUCACCACAUUUCUAAGCAGCCAAUUCCACUGUUGCAUAACUCUUACUGUAAAUUUUUUCCCCCUAAUAUCCAGUUGGAACCUUGUAAUUCAGGGAUGUCCAACUCUGGUGCUUCCAAUGUUCAUGGGCUACAAUUAAAAACACAACAAGGUGUGCAAUGUAAGAAAUACCAACAAAGAAAUGUGUCACAUACAGGCGUAGGCUAAAGUAUCUCAAACAAAUGUAUCUCUUUAUAUUAUGUUUCAUAUAGAUGCUCAUGCAAUAUUCAUGCAUAUCAAAAACCAUUUUGUAGCAGUUUUGGCAAAAAUAAAUGACUCCUAUUCCAUCAAAUCAGUUUCAUGUCAAUUUCAAUAUACAAACUAGAGAAUACCCCAAACCUGUGUUGGAAAUAGCUUGGCAUAAAAUUAAUGCUUUACAACGAGAGGAGCUAUUAAAACCGAAGAAAGAAAAAAUGAAGAGAGAACUUAUCUGGUCACUUGAUUAUACUCAGGAGGCAUCAGACAUUAAGGGCAUUAUUUAUAAAUAUUGGGACUUAGUUACUGAUAUCCCUGGAUGCCAAUUUCGACCGAAAACUGGAUUCAGAUGAACAAAAAAUCUAAAACAAAGUAUUGUGAGGGCAGAUUUGAUGCUGAAACCACAUAUAAAAGCGAUUUUGGUUGGGCAUUUCAGAUGUGGUACUUGUGCACAGUGUAGUUUGUCCUUAAAUACUAAAAUUAUUGACUUGCCAUUAAUGAGUCAAAAUGGCACUUAACUAAGUUUUCAAAUUGUAAUACGACACAUUGUGUGUAUAUUAUUUUUUGUCCUUGCCAUAGAACCUACGUGGAAAAAACUUUGAGAUCAAUCAAGAUGUGAAUUGCUGAGCAUAGAAGUAAUAUCAGGAAUGGUUAUAUGGAAGCACCAAUGGUUGCACACUUUGCAGAGAGGCAGCAUAGGGAUACUGAUUUAAGGUUUGCCGUUAUUGAACAUUUCCAGGAAAUGAAAAAUAUUAGUAAUAUCGAUCUGAAUAUUAUGCAGGUAGAAAAUAGGAUUGUAUUUCAAUUUAACAGUCAUCUGGUAGGAUUGAAUAGAGAAAUUGAUUUUUCUUGUCAUCUGUGAAUAAUUUCUUUUGUCAACUAUAAAUGAUGUGUAUGCCCCUUUAAGGAGUAGGUUUUUUGGAAUGGCAGCUGUUUCACAUUUGCUUCUAUGGGGAGCUUUAUAUCACCCUGGAAUCCUUAUUGUCUUUUAUGAGAUAUGAUACUGCCAUUAAGGAUGUAACUUGAACUCUGCGGAGGAAAUGUAAGUCUAUUAAGAAAAUUUUGGAUAAUGAAAUUUUAUUGUAACUGCGUA